CAGAUAUAGUGAAUGCAGGGUCCGGGGAGACCAGAUAUAGUGAAUGCAGGGUCCUGGGAGACCAGAUAUAGUGAAUGCAGGGUCCGGGGAGACCAGAUAUAGUGACUGCAGGGCCCGGGGGAGACCAGAUAUAGUGAAUGCAGGGUCCGGGGAGACCGUAUAUAGUGAAUGCAGGGGUCCGGGGAGACCAGAUAUAGUGAAUGCAGGGUCCGGGGAGACCAGAUAUAGUGAAUGCAGGGUCCGGGGAGACCAGAUAUAGUGAAUGCAGGGUCCGGGGAGACCAGAUAUAGUGAAUGCAGGGUCCGGGGAGACCAGAUAUAGUGAAUGCAGGGUCCGGGGAGA